GGAGAAAGAAAAAGGAAAGUGUCAAGGAAUUCAGACCAUUGAGUACUUGUUACUUGAAUGAACUUGUGGAGUCUGGUUUAUUGCAUCAGUUGACACGAGAAAAUGAAAAGUAGUAUGGCACACAUGAAACACUCCUCUGGUCACGACAGAAGGGAGGGCCACAACUCUCAGCACCGGAGCACCUCCCCAGAAGACAGAUAUGCAGAACAAGAGCGCUCCCCCCGAGACAGAGAGCGCUCCCCCCGAGACAGAGACUACCCUGAUUACAACCGCUCAGACUAUGAGCGCUCUAGAAGAGGGCACUCCCACGAUGACAGCGGGGAGUCACGAAGUAGGGACCGAGAAAAACGCAGAGAAAGAGAUACAGAUCGGAAACGGUCCCGGAAAUCCCCAUCUCCUGGAAGGAGGAGCCCGGACCGAGCCGUAGACCAGAGUUCUACUCAGGAGGAGCCCACAUCGAAGAAGAAGAAGGAUGAGCGGGACCCGCUGCUCACGCGCACCGGGGGAGCCUACAUCCCUCCUGCCAAGCUCAGGAUGAUGCAGGAGCAGAUUACAGAUAAGAGCAGCUUAGCAUACCAGAGGAUGAGCUGGGAGGCCCUGAAGAAGUCGAUCAAUGGUCUCAUCAACAAGGUCAACAUCUCCAAUAUAAGUAUAAUUAUCCAGGAGCUCCUUCAAGAGAACAUCGUCAGAGGGAGAGGGUUGCUGUCCAGAUCUGUUCUGCAAGCACAGAGUGCAUCUCCAAUCUUCACUCAUGUUUAUGCAGCUCUGGUGGCCAUAAUCAACUCAAAAUUCCCACAGAUUGGAGAAUUAAUCCUCAAGAGACUAAUUCUUAAUUUUCGGAAGGGAUAUCGAAGGAAUGAUAAGCAACUUUGCCUGACUGCUUCAAAAUUUGUGGCACAUCUUAUUAACCAAAAUGUGGCACAUGAGGUUCUGUGCCUGGAGAUGCUCACUUUGCUGCUGGAGAGACCAACAGAUGACAGUGUAGAGGUAGCUAUCGGCUUCCUUAAGGAGUGUGGCCUCAAGUUAACCCAAGUGUCCCCAAGAGGAAUCAAUGCUAUCUUUGAACGCCUGCGAAACAUCCUACACGAGUCUGAGAUUGACAAACGAGUUCAGUACAUGAUUGAAGUGAUGUUUGCCGUGCGGAAGGAUGGGUUCAAGGACCACCCUGCCGUUCUGGGCGGGCUGGACUUAGUGGAAGAGGAUGAUCAGUUUACACAUAUGCUGCCCUUGGAGGAUGACUACAAUCCAGAAGAUGUUCUCAAUGUUUUCAAGAUGGAUCCUAAUUUUAUGGAGAAUGAAGAGAAGUACAAGGCUAUUAAAAAGGAAAUUCUUGAUGAAGGAGACAGUGACUCAAACACAGACCAUGACGCUGGAAGUAGUGAAGAAGAGGACGAAGAGGAGGAGGAGGAGGAGGAAGGAGAGGAGGAGGAGGGAGGACAAAAAAUAACUAUUCAUGACAAAACAGAAAUCAAUCUAGUCUCAUUUCGCCGUACAAUAUAUCUUGCUAUUCAGUCAAGCUUAGACUUUGAAGAAUGCGCACACAAGCUGCUGAAAAUGGAGUUUGCCGAGAGCCAAACAAAAGAACUCUGCAACAUGAUACUUGACUGCUGUGCCCAGCAAAGGACCUACGAGAAGUUUUUUGGCUUGUUAGCUGGGCGGUUUUGCAUGCUGAAAAAAGAAUACAUGGAAUCAUUUGAAAGUAUCUUCAAAGAACAGUACGACACCAUCCAUCGCCUAGAGACCAACAAAUUAAGAAACGUGGCUAAGAUGUUUGCUCACCUUUUAUACACAGAUUCGCUUCCGUGGAGUGUUCUUGAAUGUAUAAAGCUGAGUGAAGAAACCACUACAUCAUCUAGUAGAAUUUUUGUCAAGAUAUUUUUCCAGGAACUCUGUGAAUACAUGGGUCUUCCUAAACUGAAUGCAAGGUUAAAGGAUGAAACUCUCCAGCCAUUCUUUGAAGGACUGUUACCCCGAGACAACCCACGGAAUACCCGGUUUGCCAUCAACUUCUUCACUUCCAUAGGUCUCGGAGGUUUAACGGAUGAACUGCGAGAACAUCUGAAGAACACGCCCAAGGCCAUCGCGGCUCAGAAACCAGAAGCUGAGCAGAAGAAAGCGUCCCUGCCUUCUUCGUCGUCAGAGUCGUCUUCGGAGUCGGACUCGUCUGACUCAGAGUCUGACAGCAGCGAGAGCAGCUCCGCAUCCUCCAGUGAGGGGAGCGUGUCGUCACCCUCCAGCAGCCAGAGCUCUGCCUCAGCUAAAGGCACAAGAAAGAAGAGACGAGGGAAGUCCAGAAGCGAAGAAGUAGAUAAAUCAGCCAGGGGCAAGUCGACACGUGACAGGCAAGGAGGAGGCCGGGAGGAACAAAGGCACCAGGAAGGGAGGACUGAGAGAGCAAGGUCUGAAAGACACAGAGCUCCAAACUCCCGAGAUGCAGACUGGGGGGAUUCCUUAGCAAAGUACAUGGCGGAUAGAAACCAAGAAAAUAGUUACAGUAGAGUUGGGAAUGGCCGAGACCAAGAUAUGCACAGAGCGCUGGAAGACAAGCAUGGUGAGCCAAAGAAGCGACGAGAGAGAAGAGAUUCUUUUUCUGAAAAUGAGAAGCAAAGAACCCGAAAUGAGGAUAGUGAAGGUGCCAGAAGAAGAAGGGAUCGCUCCAAGUCAAGGGAGAGGAGUAGACGACACUCAGGUCAUAAAAGUGAUGACGACAGGUAUCAGAAUGGUGCUGAGAGACGAUGGGAAAAAUCAAGCAGAUACUCUGAACAUUCUAGAGACUCAAAGAGAAAUCGGGACCAGAGGAGAGAAAAGUCCCCAACAAAACACAAGUACUCCUAAUGACAACUGAACAUGCCUGGCAUUCAACUCCAGCAUCUUUUUUACAUUGACAAAUUUUAUAGAGAACUCUUGUACAAAGCUCCCGUUUGUAAAAUUGUAAAGAUGUUUUCUUUUUGACAUGUUUUAUAAUUGAUACAUCUCAAGGGCCUUUGUGUAAAAUCAUAAAGAAAAAGAUCUUAACAGGGGGUAAGUCUAAUGAUUUGUGAAUAAAAGAAACAAAUG